UCGGCCCCUCUUCUGCCUUGACUUUCACUGACCUGUCUCUUGCCUUCUCUGCUUCUUCCAUAGAAGCAUUUCACAGAGAGAGAGAGAGAGAGAGAGGGAGAGAGAACUGGCUUGUGGGUUGAUUUUCAGAAUGAAAGGGGAAGGGAAGAUGCUUUUCAAGUCUAGGAUGAAAUGGGUUGGACUGGUGGGGCUUGUUCUCUCCGUUUUCUCUCUUUUCACCCACUUUCUCCUCGCCAGAUACACGGAGAGGGAUGCUUCCGAAUACCAGGCUUCAAUCACGAUCUUCUCCUGGAGACCCGUCUUUGAGAAUGCAGAUCUUUCUAUAACUAGUCCACUAUACAGAAGACUUUGGGGUCCGGUUAGACAGCUUGAACCUUUAUAUCCAUAUGCAAAUCCAAGAGGAAACUACGCAGUUCUAACAGCUCCUGCUUUGCAAACAAAUGGAUUUAUUUUUGCAAGGAUAAGAGGAGGUUUUCAUGAGAUCAGAAAUUCGAUAUGUGAUGUUGUUGUGGUUUCCCGACUUCUCAAUGCUACCUUGGUCAUUCCUGAGAUUCUAUCAACCACAAGCAGCAAGGGAAUUAGCUCUGAAUUUAAGAGUUUUCCCUACCUCUAUAAUGAAGACGAGUUCGUUGCAGCAUUAGCAAAAGAUGUCAGAAUUGUGAAAAGCCUCCCCAAAAACCUGAAAGGGGCAAGGAGAAAAAAAGAAAUUCCAAUGUUUAAAGUGUCUUACUCAACUUCACCAAAUUUUUAUCUGCAACGUGUUCUUCCUGUACUGAACAGGCACUCAGUGGUUGAAUUAGUUGUUUCUGAUGGUGGAUGCUUGCAGGCUGUUCUUCCUCCUCAUCUUGAAGAGUUCCAAAGGCUGAGAUGUAGGGUUGCUUUUCAUGCCUUGAGGUUCAGGCAGGAGGUACAGGAUCUUGCUACAAGGAUAUUAAAUAGGUUAAGAGCACCCGGACGGCCAUUUAUAGCUUACGAACCAGGGAUGACUAGAGAUGCAUUAGCAUAUUAUGGCUGUGCUGAGCUUUUUCAGCAUUUACUAUGUAUUUUGUCUUCAAACUCUUCCAAGGAUGUACAUACUGAACUCAUUCAGCACAGACGAUCAUGGAUGAUAAAACGUGGGAUUGUCAAGGGCAAUCUUUCUGUGAAUUCAGCAGAGCAACGCCUUAAUGGUUUGUGUCCACUUAUGCCAGAAGAGGUUGGCAUUCUUCUUCGUGCAUAUGGUUACUCCUGGGACACAAUUAUUUACAUCUCUGGGGGAGAGGUCUUUGGCGGACAGAAAAAGUUAAUUCCUCUUCAUGGGAUGUUUGAAAAUGUUGUGGACAGGACGACUCUAAGCACUUCAUGGGAACUCAGUAGAAUAUAUGGUCAUGAGGCAAACCUUAUUGACAAAUAUCCAAGGACUCCAUCUUUUGCUCAGGAAGAAAUGAAACUCGGAGCAUGGAAAAAUUCUCGUCCUCGUCCUCGUCCACUUCCACCACCCCCAGCACGACCGAAGUAUUAUAACAUUGAAGGUUGGUGGGGCUGGGUUGCUGAGAGUGACAAUGAGCCUGAGACUACUGUUGAAGAGUUGAGGAUGAAUGCUCAUAAAUUACUAUGGGAGGCAAUUGACUAUACAAUAUGUGUUGAAGCUGAUGCAUUCAUUCCUGGAUUUGAUAGUGAUGGCAAGGGGCGCCCAAAUUUUGCAAGUUUGGUUAUGGGGCACAGGCUCUAUGAAUCUGCUGCAUCAAAAACGUACAGACCAGACAGAAGAGAAGUUACCAAGCUUUUAGAAGAAAUUCGCGACCACUUGUAUCAAGCCAACCGCACUUGGAUAACAUCCGUGCGCAGGCAUCUGAGAAUAUCCUUACUAAAGGGACUUAAAAAUGAAUCCACACGAUCGAAGCCACUGUCUUUCCUAUCUCACCCGCUCCCAGAGUGCUGUUGCUGGAGCCAUAAGGAAACUCCAGUUCGUGCUUCAAGUCCUUCAACUGAAUCACAGGUUCGAGGUGCUCUUGGAGUUCAACAUCGUUGCCCUGCUUGGAUGGAUAGUAAUACAAUAUCACAAUCAAAGGAUAGCGAAAGAGAAAGAGAGGAGAAUCUAGACGAGGAGGAUCCUGCGUCAUCUGGAAUUUUCUUUCGGCAUAGUGAUAGAAAUCAUGGAGGUGGAGAAAUAAACAUCAAAGAAGAAGCUCAAAUAGAGGAUCAAGAAGAAUUGGAGGGUGCAGAAAGAUGAAGCAGCCUUGCUUAUGGCUAUGAUGUACAUACUAAUUUGUUGAUUUAGGAAAGUUAAUGAUUUAUGAAUGAAUGCCCUAGGCUUAGGUCGACUUUGAAUGGUUUUUUAAGAACCAGACCAGGCCAAGGACUAAGGAGUGGAAGCAAGGAAUUUCAAUGAGGUGGUGGAUCAACGUUCUAAAUUAUGGCUUGAUAUCUCUGUCGUGCUGCUGCUGGCCCUUUAUGCAUACAUGCAUGGCGAGCUUCCAUCCAACAAAGAGGUAAAAUGAACUUCAGCCUUCAGGACCUCUUCCCCGGAUUUUGCUUUUGAUUGUUCUGUAAGGUUAAGAACACACUAUGGUAGCUAAGCCUCUUGCUUUUCUCAUUGUUGAGUUGGGUGCCGAAGCGGGGUGGAAAUGAGUUUUAGAACUUGCACGCAUUCGUGUUCAAGUGUUAUAUUUCAAUCUUCAGUUAGUUUAUGUAUUUACAAUCUUUGCUUCUAUCAAUAAAAACAAAAUUACUUGUUUGUUUUUGUA